AACCGGCUUUCACUUCUCCAAGGCUUUGUCUUCUUCGCUUUGGGGUUCUUGAGAUCUAGGGUUAGGGUUUGCGCGAUGACGACGAUGGAGAGCUUGAUCGGGCUGGUGAAUCGGAUCCAGAGGGCGUGCACGAUGCUCGGAGACUAUGGCGGCGCCGAUGGUGCUCUUCCUACACUCUGGGAAGCCCUCCCCUCCGUCGCCGUCGUCGGUGGGCAGAGUUCCGGGAAAUCGUCGGUGCUGGAGAGUGUUGUUGGGAGGGAUUUCCUUCCCCGUGGAUCUGGGAUUGUGACGAGAAGGCCAUUGGUGCUGCAAUUGCACAAGACGGAGGCAGGACAACAGGAGUAUGCCGAGUUCUUGCAUUUGCCCAGAAGGAAGUUCACCGAUUUUGCGCUUGUUCGUAAGGAAAUUCAAGAUGACACUGAUCGAUUAACUGGGAAGACAAAACAAAUUUCUCCUGUACCUAUUCAUCUCAGCAUUUAUUCACCGAAUGUUGUCAACUUAACUUUGAUUGAUCUGCCUGGUCUUACAAAGGUUGCUGUAGAGGGGCAACCAGAAAGCAUUGUUCAAGACAUAGAAAACAUGGUUCGUUCAUAUGUCGAAAAGCCUAAUAGCAUUAUACUGGCAAUAUCUCCAGCAAAUCAAGACAUUGCGACCUCUGAUGCAAUUAAACUUGCUAGAGAAGUUGAUCCAACUGGUGAAAGGACAUUUGGAGUGCUGACAAAGCUUGAUCUAAUGGACAAAGGAACAAAUGCUCUUGAUGUUCUUGAAGGAAGAUCCUACCGGCUGCAGCAUCCUUGGGUUGGGAUUGUCAAUCGUUCACAGGCAGAUAUAAAUAAGAAUGUUGAUAUGAUAGUUGCGAGAAAGAAAGAACGGGAAUAUUUUGCUACUAGUCCUGAUUAUUCCCAUUUAGCAAGUAAAAUGGGUUCAGAAUAUCUUGCUAAACUACUUUCCAAGCAUCUGGAGGCUGUAAUUAGAGCUCGAAUUCCGAGUAUCACUUCUUUGAUAAAUAAAAGCAUCGAUGAACUUGAAUCUGAGAUGGACCAUCUUGGUAGACCCAUUGCUGUAGAUGCUGGGGCUCAAUUGUACACAAUUUUAGAACUCUGCCGUGCUUUUGAGCGUAUAUUUAGAGAGCACCUAGAUGGAGGGCGACCUGGUGGUGAUAGAAUAUAUGGAGUUUUUGAUAAUCAACUGCCUACUGCUUUAAAGAAGCUCCCAUUUGACCGGUAUCUCUCAUUGCAAAAUGUAAGGAAGGUGAUCUCUGAAUCUGAUGGUUAUCAGCCACAUUUGAUUGCUCCAGAGCAAGGUUACCGCAGGUUGAUCGAAGGUGCUCUCAGUUAUUUCAGAGGUCCAGCUGAAGCAUCAGUUGAUGCUGUGCAUUUUGUUUUGAAGGAACUGGUGAGGAAGUCAAUAGGAGAGACUCAGGAGCUGAAAAGAUUUCCGACUUUUCAAACCGAACUAGCAGCUGCAUCUUAUGAAGCCCUUGAGAGAUUUCGUGAGGAUGGUCGGAAGACAACAACAAGGUUGGUUGACAUGGAAUCAGCAUAUCUGACAGUAGAUUUCUUCCGAAAGCUUCCACAGGAGGUUGAGAAGAGCCCGAACCCAGCCACCCCAAAUACUGAUAGAUAUGGUGAAACACAUUUCCGGCGGAUUGGUUCCAAUGUGUCUUCAUAUAUAGUGAUGGUUUCUGACACUCUUAGGAACACCAUUCCUAAGGCUGUUGUCCAUUGCCAGGUCCGCGAAGCCAAUCGGUCUUUGCUCAAUUACUUCUACUCUCAAGUGGGCCGAAAAGAGAGCAAGCAGCUUGCACAGUUGUUGGAUGAGGAUCCUGCAUUGAUGGAGCGAAGACAACAAUGCGCAAAACGGCUUGAAUUAUACAAAUCCGCAAGAGAUGAGAUCGAUGCAGUAUCCUGGGCGAGAUGAGCGUGUUACAUUGGUGCAGGAGUAUAUAUAUCAUGUAUUUGUUUGUUAGGUGUGUCGUUUGUUAACAUUUGCUGUUCCGAUGUGUUGCACACAUUGAACUGGAUCGUUGUUGUGUUAUGCUAUUAGUUUCUCUCACAUGUUUCAUUUUCCA